CAGCAAAGUGGUUCGACGCUUCACUGUCACCUGUACGUGAAAUGAACACCUGUUGCCGGGCGGUUUUUUAAAAAGAAAAACGCUCAUAUUUCAGGCAGUUUGCAACGCCACAAAAGAUCCAGGCCUGCUUUCAGUUAGCCACACAGUGACCUUGCUGCAGGUCCAUACGGAGCCAACUGAGGCACAAGUUUGCCGGAAAGGAACAUACGAAGGAUGUGUUUUUAAAAGGAAAUCUCACAGCGGCCGCCAUUAACCGAGCUACAGAUUGAACAUGCUGCAGGUUGUAUGAGUGACAGAUAUGGGGCCAGCGGGAUCAUAUUUGCAGACUUUCACUUUGGUCACACUUUUUUGCCUAUUUUUGACUAUUGAAGGUGCGAGGCCAGAGGUGCUUGGAAAGGUCGGAGGUGUGGUGGAGUUGGAGUGUAGUUUUCCUCCAUCGGAGCCAGCUGCCGUGUCUUCAGCCUCCCUGCAAGUGGUGGAAUGGGUUCGACAGGGACUUGACAUCCCCGUCCUGAUCAAAUUUGGAUCGCACACGCCUCGCCUCCAUCCACAAUAUGAGGGGCGGGUGUCUCUGGUACGCAUCACUGACCUGAGGCUGGACCACCUGCAGCUGGAUGACCAGGGCUUGUACGACUGUCGAAUCCUCUUACUGGAUGAACCCACGGAUGAGCUGCAAAAUGGCACCUGGACUCAGCUUUCUGUAACCGCUCCACCCACCUUCACACAAGCCCCACCUGCUGUAAUGGAGGCUCUUGUUGGACGUCACCUCUCUCUUGCCUGUGUUGCUAAUGGCAACCCUACUCCAACCAUCACCUGGCUAAAAGAUGGCAGUGUAAUUCAAAGAAUAAAUUAUCAGGAAGGAGCCUUAUCUCUGCGAGCAGUGAGCAUGCAGUCAGCAGGACAGUACACCUGCCACGCUUCCAAUUCUGAGGGAAACGUGACUCGCGUAACCAAAGUGAAGAUCAAAGGUCCGCCUGUUAUUGUCGUCCCUCCCAAAAGCACGUCUCUCAACAAGUCCCAGAAUGCACUUCUCCGGUGCCAGGCGGUGGCCGACCCCCCCAACAUGACCUAUGUGUGGCAGAAAGGUGGAGAGAACGUCCAUCACAUAGAGUCUCUGAAGUCGCGAGUGAAGAUCAUGGUAGAUGGAACUCUACUCAUCUCCAGUCUCAUCCCUGAGGAUUCUGGGAACUAUACCUGCAUGCCAAGCAACGGCCUGCUGACCCCGCCCACCGCCUCUGCCAACCUCACAGUGAUGCACCCAGCCCAGGCUCUUCCAAUGCCCCAGCAAACAUACCUUCCCACAGGUAUGGAGGGCGUGGUCGCCUGCCCAGCCGCAGCUCAGCCUCCACUGCUCCGUGUGGAUUGGACAAAAGAUGGAGAACCACUUGACCUGUCCUUGCAUCCAGGAUGGACGUUGACACCAGAGGGCUCUUUGUUGAUGACCACAGUCAAUGACGACUCGGCAGGACUUUAUACGUGUACGCCAUACAACCGCUACGGCAGCAUGGGUUCAUCUGAGCCAACGGACGUAAUUCUACAGGACCCCCCAUCACUCAGCAUCACUCCGGAGAAGCAGUACAAACAGGAAGCUGGGAGAACCUUGCUCAUCCCCUGUCAAGGAAACGAGGAUCCCACAAUUAAAGUGACCUGGAGCAAGGUUGACUUGGCUCGUCGCACGUCUUACUCCAUAGAAGCCAACGGUUCUCUGCUCCUGCAGCCUCUCACUAAGGACCACCAGGGGGCGUGGGAGUGCAGCGCUGCUAACCGCGUUGCCUCGGUGAAAGCCAGCACACAAGUCUUUGUCCUGGGAACCAGUCCCCAUGCGGCUACCUCUCUGUCCGUCUCUCCAGGGGUGAAGCAGGCCAACAUUUCCUGGGAGCCAGGCUUUGAUGGAGGAUCAGCACAGACAUUUUCAGUUUGGGUGAAGAAGAUUUCAGCGAGUGAUAAUGAUGGGAAGCAGGACUGGUUCUCUGUGCCCGUGCCCCCGUCCUCGGGCAGCGGGCUGCAGGUGACAGGCCUGUCUCCUGCCACCGACUACCAGUUCAGCAUACUGUCUCAAAAUAAAAUGGGCACAGGACCCUUCAGUGAGAUCGCCACCUCGAGGACCUUGGAUCCUCCGCCGAGGAGAAGUAAGCUGAAGCCCCCUGCGUCGCUGUCAGCUAAUCAGGGCUCAGCAGGUGUCGUUCUGCAAUGGUCCCUUCCUGAAGCUCAGCACCCUGCCAUCACAGGCUUUGUUCUCCAAUCCCGCACCGAGCAAGGGGAGUGGUUUCAUCUGGACGAGGACAUCAGUGCCAACAGUAGCCAGAUUGUUGUUCCCGGUCUGCACAAGGACUGUGUGUACGAGCUGCGGCUGCUAUCUCGUCGCGGGGAGUUGCUGAGCGAGCCCAGUCCAUCAGUCAAUGUCUCCACCAUGGGGAUGGAGAUCUAUCCGGCCACAUCCCGACUGCUGGAGCUGGUCCCGGAGCCGUUACUGGCCGGCGUGCUGGGCGGGGUCGGCUUCAUGUGCUUGGCACUGGUCUUGCUGCUGGGGUCCGCCUGUGUCAUCAGCCACAAGAGGGACCAGCGUCGCAGAAAGAAGAAGGAUGAGCCCCCUUCUGCCAUCUAUAAAUGCUCCCCAUCAAUGAAGACUUCAGGCAGUGGCAGUCCAGACAGUGUGUUGAAGAGAAGCCUCCUUCCAGCCAACCUCCUCUAUCCCACCUCUUCCUCCUUCACUGCCACCACCGCCUCCUCCUCCUCGCAGACAGACUGCUCCUCCUUUAGCGCUGACAGUCAUCAUCGGCGGAAGCAACUCCAGUCCAACUACAGCAGAGGCCGCCUUACUAGGACAACGUCUUCUCCCAUUUCUCCUCCAAUCGAGUUGAUCUCUAGAGGCCCGGAUGGGCGCUUCGCACUCCUGCCGUACAACGACGAUGCGCUGAGUGUUCACAGCAAGAGAAGCAGAGGGUAUAACCAAGCUAGGGUCCGAAGGUCUGUGUCACUGCACUCAGAGAGGGAAGACCGGAAGCAGCCGGCGUUUGUGCUUUCUGUUGAUCUCCCACCUUGCAAGCCGGCACAGGGUAAUCCCACAAACCAAAUUUGUGGCAUGGCCCAGGGCCUGACGCAUCCCCGCCCUUACAUCUUGGAUCAGAAGGCAAGCUACGAUGGCUCUCCUGACUUCAGCAGCCUGUGCUCAAACAGUAGUUUGGCCACCAUUCCUCAACAAGACAGAGAAAUACCUCCCGAAUUUCCAGUGCUCCCGCAUAUCCGAUCCGGCCUAGGCCAGCCAUCUGUGACCGCCAGCGCACUGGUUCUCCAAAUGGAGCACGAGCGCGAGAGGGGAAACCUGAGCCGAUGUCUAAAGCUGGCUCAGGAGAGGGAGGAGCUGGAGAUGGAGCUCCGGAGGUACACGCUGGAAAGAGGCUCGGCGAGAGAAACGGAGACGGAGCAUUUCAACUUUGAGAGGAGAGAGCCCGGCGCUAAUGAGCUUGGGUGGGAAUAUAAGAGCAGCACCUUGCCCCACAGAUACCCCGAGGGCAGGAAAGAGUGCUUUGGUCUGUCCCAGAGCCCUUUCUCUUCAUCUGAUGUGCAUAGGGAUUCCCGUUCUCUUGUCUCUCCUCUCACUCUAACUCCGGCCCGCACCUGUUUCAGAGAGUCUUCACCUGCGAGUCCCUCUUGUUUUAAGCCUGGUAACCAUUACGCUGCUCCAUCCAUCACCAAACACACCUCCCUCCUAUCUGAGGAGGCAGGCAAAUUAACUCUCCCACGUCCCUCCUCAAAGCAUCAGAGGCAUGAAAGGGUAGAGGCAGCACCAGAGGGCUAUGAUAAUUCACCACAAUCCACAAUCUUAGAAAUGCAAACGAAUGAUUCAUGCUCUGAGGCAUGGAGACAGUACAAUCACAGUCAUAGCAGCCUUUCAACAUUGUCUUUCCAUAGCAGUAAAUAUACUGAAAGAUCUAAUCUGCGCCUGGAUGCAGUGCCAGACUCUUUAGAAGCAGAGGUAGCGUUCCCCGAGCCCGCUGAUGAAGUUGUGUGUGUUGAGAUGAGUGUGGACGAGCCAGAGUUGGAGGUGUGUGUGACGCAGCCUGCGAAGCCCAUGCUGCACCACAGAAUUGCCUCCCAUGUUCAACACGGGCACUCGCUGAGUCGCAGAGGCCGGCACGAAGACGCGGCUAGGAGCACAAGCUUUAACCGCCGCAGUCCAGCUUAUCCACAAACUCCCGGACCAGAACUCUGGAGAGCUGUGACCCACGGCUCUAAACUCUGGGACUCUAAGCAGCGAAGCCAGAGCCUUGACUCCCGGAGACGGAAAGAGAGGGGUUUCCUGGCUCCUGAUGCGUGGAUAGACUCUCUCAGCCAAGAGAACUGCUCUGUCGCGUCUUCCUGUCGCCCACACACUCUGUUCUGGGAACCCCAGAGCUCUCCGGCCAGGAACAUCUCCAAAUCUCCUGCAAAUUCACCUUCUGCUUCCCAAGCUGCCUCCCGGUCACCUCCUGCUGUGGACGCUUUAUCUCUAAGAAGCAGCCCAGACAGGCCCAUUCCGAAGGCUGACGUGCCUCGCCACUUCGAGCCAAAAAGAGAGGCGUCCAUCCUUUCCAGUGCUGCCAAACGGCCGAUCGACUACCGGGAGGCUGUGAAAGAGGCAGAGGUUUAUCUGGAGGCCAUGAAGGAAGCUUCCAUAUGCUUACCGCAUGGCGAAGACAAUUACCAAGAGGCGCUAGAAUUAGAGGCGGGGGGCUCUGAGGGAGUGCCAGAGUCCGGGAGCAGCUACAACAGUUAUGCAAGCAGCGGCCGAGGCAGCAUGGAGCCCGCUAACAGACGCCUGUCCCUGUGUCACCUCUCCCCAACCCUCACAAGCUCACCCGGGACUGCAGAGGAGAGCCACGGGAGCACAGAGGACAAGCACACUCACCAAAUGGAACAAAGCCAAAGAAGAAAGGUCUCAGUUGAUGAGAAUUAUGAGUGGGAUGCUGCUGAUUUCUGCUCACAGCCGGGAGACCAUGACGACCUGCUUCCCUCGUUGAAUCUACUGAAGCCUGCUCCGUGCCGUAGCCUUCUCAGAAUGCAGAGCUCCACCAAGGCACAGACACAUUGUGCUCAGCCCUCUUUGCUCCUGGGGCAUCAACGCAGAUACUCUGCUGAGCCAGAAGCAGACACCGUGCUGUUCUGACAGUGCCAGCCUUCGGCUCAUCUCACCUGCUGUGUCCUUUCACUUAUUGACUUGCAUCACGAGGUGACAAAAAAUAGGCAUUUUGCAGAAAGUGAGUUUUUAUCUGAUCAAUCUAAUUCCCGUUUUCAAAGCACAAAAAAGGACAAUGUACAGAAUAGCUUUUGAAGGGGGGGGUAUUCUGCUUGGUCUCUUUGUCAAACUUCACAAUAAUUGUUUUCAACAGUACAGGGGUCCGUUAAAGCAGUGGUUCCCACACCUUUUCACGUCAAGGACCCCUAAACUGACACAAAAAAGAACACAGACUCCCAUUAUGAUACAAUUUUUGUCCCCCAUUUGAUAGGAUUCUUUCUUUUAGAUGUUUAGAUGUUUUCCUCUUCCUUCGUCAGUCGGUGUAGCCUCCAACGGCGUUGCCACACAGUUGACCGUUAAUUUUGUAAACCUUUUAAAAAAUGCGGACACAACAAUAACAUAACUUGAGAAGGGAGAAAACGUCAGUGAAAUCAGGAAUGGCUGACUUUCUCCGUCAGUCUCUCAAUCAGGCUCUUUCCACCGUCCCAUGCCUUGGCGUGUGUCAGAUUGCCUGUGUCGGCCGGCAAAAACGCAGGUCUUCCCAUUUAUUUUGAAUUGCGGUAGUUAAGGCCUACUGCGUUAAGGCUGCACAAAAAGUUUUUGAGAAACGCUCCCUCUGCUUCACUUCUGCUUUGUCGCAGAUAAGCCCCCACCCCAGCCGGGCGGCUGAUGAAAUAUUGGAAUAUAUUGGAAUUAUAGUGAAAAUAAAUGAUUCCCCUUUUUGAGUGGGACCCCCUGGAAUCCUCUCGAGGACCCCGCUUUGGAAAUGGGAACCACUGAGUUAAAGUAAUGGAGACACAAAAUGACCUUUACCCUUGUGCAGAGCUUUAAAAGGUUGUUUUGGCACUUUCUUUUGACACAGUCUGCCAAUAUCAAAGCUUCCCACUGCUCUGAUGGAUGCACCACGUUCUCCGUGUGUGGUUUAAUAUGCAUUCAUCAUCCAGGGAUGACUUAGUGGCCACACAAGGGACAAAACGAUCUCAGUCAUCAUCGAGUGACUGGUUUAGGCCGGGGAUGAUUACGUUUUUAAGAUAUCAUCAAUCACCUUUGAGUUUAACAAGAGCUGUUUCUGAAAUGCCAAUACAUAAAUAAGGAAGAUAGAUAUAAUAUGAAAUUAUUAUUCUGCCAUACUGUUACUGUUAUGCUUUAGUCUAACACUGUCUCAAAGUCUUUCACCAACAGAGAUCAUUAUCGGCCUUUUUUGCCCUUAAAAAUACUGUGAAUUUCUAAUUAUGUUUGGUAAUUGAAGAGGGUCAAGUCAACAUGUUGAGUUUGUCCUUGUUUAUUUUGUAUGGACCUAAAGGGAAAUUAGCUUUUAUUUUUAUUUUGACUUUGAUUUACCAAGGGUCAAUUCACUGAAAGAGUGCUGCAUUUCCCUCCUAGCAACACCUGCUUUGUACUCACACAGUUGUUAGCAUCGACACUUGGGAGCCAACACUGUUGCUGAUAAGUGUCACCAGUUAAGUGGUUUAAUGCUUUGUUUGAGGGCGCGUCAACAGCAGGGACGGAGCACAUCCCCGUAGGGCUGGGCGACAAUUACUACUUACCAUGGACCUGCAUAGUAAUGCUGUCAUCAGGGCUGCCCCCUCGAUUAGUCAAAUAAUCAGUCAUUUGGUCUUAGUUGACUUAA